UUCGGCGUGCGAGGUGAUAUGUGGAAUUUGUGUUUAUCUGUUCUUCCAUUUUAACAUUCUUUUCUACAUGGAAGCGCGCGUGUGCGUGGUCUUCAUUAAAGUUUUACAGUCCUCAUACAUAAAGGAAGGGGCAGUAGACAGCUGCCAUUGCUGCCAUCUCUCACAGGGAGUUACAUGCAGCGGGGUGAGGGAGAUCUGCAGACCUGCUGCUGAUCCUCCAUAUGUCACCCCUAGUCUGUCCACGCUAUUAAUAAUACAAGAGUUUACCAGCAUCUCCAAUAUUUCACACUCUUUACAAGUAGACUCUGGAGCUGUUUUCCCGUUUUUGUAUUUCCUUUAUUCUUAUUUCCUUUUAAGGGAAAUGAGUAUGAGCAAACCUUUUUAUUAUUUGCCCAUCUUUCUGAAUAAAAUCAAUUAUAUACACAAAUAAAUAGAAAUUACGUCAUAUGUAUGUAGAGCCAUGAAUUAGCAAUGUGUGAUUCUCCAGAAUGUUGGACGACCCACUUCCACCCACCGAAAACAUGAUGUUCACAUAUGACAACAUGAUGAACGUGGGCGCCAACGCCUCCUACAGCUGCUACCCUGGCUACUUCCUGAAUGGCAACCUUACUGUACGGAACCAGACGGCAGUGUGUGCGGGCCAGCUGGGCGGGUGGAUGAUGAAUCCUCCCACUGAUCCCGUGUGCUUGGCUGUUGACGUGUGCACAGUACCAACACCACCCUCGAUACUUAUCACCAACACCACGAGCAUUAGCCACAUGCAUCUCAACGGUACCAUCACCUUCACUUGUCCGCCCACCACCACCACGCAGAGUCUUGCCACCAACCAGACCCUGACCUGCACCACCGAGAACGUCACCAACACCUUUUUCUAUGAGCCCCAGACUGUGGAAGCAUGUGACGUGUGUCAGGAGACCCCCAGUGCAGUGAACGCCACCACUAGCUGGAGCGUGGAUACCAUUUACACAACUGGCAUGGAGGUGGUGGUCACGUGUUUCGAGUCUCAUGCCUUCAAUCUGUCAGGAAGUCCUGAUCAGACCAUCUCGUGUUUGGAGACUGGAUGGUCCGUCCCAUUACCCUGUUACAAAGUUUGUCUGCUGGAGCCCCCAGUAGCUGGAGCCGACAUGACUCAAGAGCCGCUCCCGCUCACCAACAACACGGUCGGCACUGAGGUGGUCUACACAUGCAGUGGGACCCUGAAGACACUGCUUGAGGGAAGCACGAGUGUUGUUUCUUCCACUACGGUGAUGUGUGGAGAAGACGGCCAGUGGAAUCUCACAACGCCCUUGCCGCCCUGCCUUGCCUAUUGUGAGGGCGAGCCAACAGCUAUCAACGCGAACAGCACGUGGAGCGCCACUGAACACUACGUAGCGGGUCAAAACGUCACCGCCACUUGCCUCGACAAACACAUCCUGGUGGACGACGAAACCAACACUCAGAUGCUGAACUGCACCGAGACGGGCUGGAUCCCAGGCGUACCAUGCGAAAAGGGCUGCUCAGCGGUCAUUCCAGCAGCGGGUAGUAACAUGACGGCACCAGCACUACAGGACCGAAGGGAGGGCGCCACUUUGAAUUAUACCUGUAGUCCCGGCGCCUUCGCCAAAGUCAAUGAUACACAGCCGCCCGCCUCAUUCAUAAUUGUGACAUGCAGCACCAACAGCUUCUGGGGCGUCAACGCUGACGCCGUGGAAACUAUUACACUUCCGGAGUGCAUAACAGGAACGACAGUGCCGCCACCGAUAUCUGGAGGAGCAUUGCUGUCAGGGGCUGAUCCUCCUUACGUGGCGGGUACAGUGCUCACCAAGUCCUGCGAAGAGGGGUUCACGUCCGUCAGCGGCAUCCCAUCCACGACCGUCACCUUCGACGGAAUUGAUUGGAUACCUGACGACCCCACCUUCCACUGCCUCGCAGGUAUGUAUGCAGGAAACGUAAAUGUACAUGCUGUGAGAAACACGUGUCUGUCUCCCUCCCACCUCCCUAUUCACAAGUGUAUUCAUUAA